AUGGAGCGCGAUGUUUUGGACGACUUUCUGAACAGGCGCGUUGACUUGAUGCUUCAGCGCGGGAUGUUGGCCGAGGCCAAAGCAUUUUGGCUGAAAAACGGUGGGAAGCUCCCGCAUAAUAGCCUCUCCGAGGCGAUUGGAUGCAAAGAGUUUUCCCAGUUCUUUACUAGCGGUAACCCGUCACUGAUCACAAGCAGCGAUUGUGAGAACGCAGUCGCGCAAGUCAAGUCGAAUACUCGCCGGUACGCCCGACAGCAGGAGCGAUGGAUUCAAAAUCGCCUUCUUCCACUUUUGCACUCCUCUUCCUUAAAAGAGGCACCAACUCACUUUGUGCUGCUGUGGGCGCAGGAGGGCGUGGACGCUUUGGCUUCUGUUCAAAAGACUUUGGAUACUUUUUUCGGGACAUCCCCGGAGCAGACUCUCGCAGAAUCGCUGUUUCCAUUAAAGCAGCAGCCGGCUUCUCGCGAGCCAGUUUCACAAGAGGAGUGCAAAAUAUGUAAGACUCUGGUCUACGGUCGCGGUCAGAUGGUGGUGCAUCUCAAGUCGAAGCGUCACCGAGGUUCUCUAAGACGCUUGGCACUGGAAAAGGAGCACAGAGAGAAGUAUGGGCGGGAGCUGCCACCGUCAAAGAGGAAGCGGAGCAGCUGA